AUGAUGAAGGAGUUAAAGAAGUGGCACGGUGUAACAAUCAACAGCAGCAGUAGUAGUAGCAGUGACAAUGGUGGCAGCACCAGCACACACUCGCUUGGUAAUGAUCGCAGCGGUGGAUCAUCGAGCCAACCAAUCAGUCAUUCAGUGCCCAGCAACAGCAGUGGAUACACUCAAUCGAUCCGCGAGCCAACCUGUCAGUCAGUCAGUGACUAG